CCAGCAGGAAGAAAUGCUCCAGAUCGCACGCACCCACGGCAUCACCGGUAUUGACACAGCUCGGCUCUACGGCCUAGGGAUCUCCGAGACCUUCCUCGGCCAACAGAAUGCCGCGUCGGAAUUUGAAAUCACCACGAAAGCCCCGUCAGGGUUCCUGCCAGACUCAGCGACCAAGUCGGCGAUCAUCCAGAACGGCACGCUCAGUCUGGAAGCGCUGAAGACGUCCAAGGUGCCGAUUUACUUGCUGCACGGGCCGGACGACUCGGUGCCGCUUUCUGAGACGUUGGAUGGAGUGCAGGAGUUGUAUUUGAGAGGAGCGUUUGAGAAGUUCGGACUAUCCAACUUCUCCCUCCCCCAGAUCCGCGAGGUGUACGAAUACAACAAAUCAAAAGGCUACGUGCUGCCCACCGUCUACCAGAGUAUCUACAAUCUGGUCGCUCGAAACAACGAGACCGAGCUCUUCCCCGCGCUGCGCGACCUCGGCUUCUCGAUCCAGGUCUACUCGCCCAUCGCGUCGGGGUUUCUCGUCAAGAAACCCGCAGACAUCGAGCAGCAGAAAGGAAAAUGGGACCCGUCGACUGGCCUGGGGAAGCUCCUGCAGGGGCUGUAUGGGAAACCUGAGCUGCUGAACUUCCUGCGCGAGUAUAUUCAGCUGGCCGAGGAGAGCGGCAAUUCGCAGGCCGGCCUGGCGUAUCGUUGGGUGCGAUACAACUCGGCGCUGAAGGGGGAAUUGGGCGAUUCGGUGCUGCUGGGCGCAAAUGGGCCGGAGCAGCUGCGAGGGACAUUAGCGGAUUUGGGUCAAGGACCGUUAGAAGACUGGGUGGUGCAGCGGUUGGAUGCGUUGUGGGAGGGCAUUCGGGAGGUGGCGCCGGUGGACAACCUCACCACUUUCAAGGCGUUGAGUUAGCUGCAUUGGCGAUGUAAAUAAUUCUGGAAAAAUUAG